AUGGAAGAAGACUUGUCACAAGAAAAAUCGUGGGAGCUCAGGAACUCAGGCUUUAGUGUAGAUACUUCAAACAAAAUUAUGGAGCGUCCAAGUCAGAAUUUGAAGACAACACCAUUAUUAUCUUUAGGAAGAUUUCACAUUUCUGAAGAUUAUGGCUUUCUUCUUCCACAUCCUCUGAAAGAACUUCCAGAUCAUUUUAGGCCUUGGAUGGAAAUUGCCAACGAACUCCCUCAUUUGAUUGAGAGUCACCAGCUUCAAGCUCGAGUUAACAAGUGGCUUAGAUGGAAGGAUAACCCAGCAAUGCCUGUGGGGUUGAUCUAUGAAGGAGUCUCCACAGAGCCCCUGGAGUACUCUGGAGGGAGUGCAGCUCAGAGCACAGUGCUUCAUGCCUUUGAUGAGUUCUUAGGCAUUUGCCAUAGCAAGGAAAGUGCUGACUUUCUGCAUAGGAUGAGGGAGUACAUGCCUCCUUCCCAUAAGGACUUUAUAGAAGAAAUCCAGUCAAGUCCCUCACUGAGAGACCACAUCUUGUCCUCUGGAAAUAACCAACUUCUGACAGCCUAUAAUCAGUGUGUGGAGGCCCUGGCGGACCUGCGCAGCUAUCACAUCACUGUGGUGACCAAAUAUCUCAUCACAGCGGCUACCAAAGCAAAGGGCAGGAGGCCAAACCCUCUCCCUGGGCCAUCUCAAGCCUUAGAAGAGAGGGGCACAGGCGGGACUGUAGUUCUGAGGUUCCUGAAGACCGUCAGGGAUAAGACCUUAGAGGCAAUUCUCCACCAACGUGAUUAAGAGACUGCCUUCUGCCCAACAAUGCAAAACCAGCAAACACGGGUUUUCCCUUACCCUCUCCCCCAUUGGAGGGCCUGUGGACCCAGCGAAUAAGAAUGUCUGGAAUAAUCUGAAGAGGACCUCAGCCUUAGUUAUGUUCCUGCUCCUCCUUUGUUGAGAGCUGUUAGUCUUCACAGAGAGGAAUUUUCAUGGCCAGAGACUUUCCUUUCCCUACCUGAUUACUGGUUAAUAGCGAACAGGUAUGGACACUUCCUCAUUCAGAACCCCACAGAGGAGCAAGUUACUCCUAUUCUAUUUGCAAAGUGAUAGAAAAAUCAAUCUAAAUUUCCAAAACCAAAUAAAAUUGCCUGUAGACAGAU